CACGCCAAUGAGGUCAUCAAAUAAAGCGGCCAUAUUCUGCAUGGAGGACUAUCCUAUCCUCGACGUGAUCGAGGAAAUUGUCCAACAACUUGCGUCCACAAAUGUCUAAAUUACACGGAUGCUUGCUUCUGGAUUAGGUUAAGAUUUGGUCCUUGUCGUCGAACUGUGGUGUGACGUUCUAAUAUUCAGCUCUAAUAUGUGCAGGAAAAAGUUCUGAAGAUUCGUGGAGUCAAAAAAAACUUUUACUUGAUUGACUAAAGAUGGGAAGUUUGAAGAGACGAUAUGAUGCCUUAGAGGUCAAAGUGCGUGACCCGAGGUCAGAGUUAAACCAUGAGGCACUGUUGGAUGGAAUCUCUGCUCUUGUGACUGACGUGAACAUUCCAGCCAUCAAGAGAAACAAAAAUGUGGAGACCUUCCUGGAGAGAUAUGACAAACUUGUGUUUGAAGUUGGUAAACAUCGACUCUCUGCUAAUGAUUUUCAGGUCAUCAAAGUCAUCGGCAGAGGGGCUUUUGGAGAAGUCCAAGUGGUCCGGGAAAGAGAAACACGCAAGGUCUAUGCAAUGAAACUCCUUAGUAAAAUGGAAAUGAUAAGGCGAUCGGACUCUGCAUUUUUCUGGGAGGAAAGAGACAUCAUGGCAUAUGCCAACAGUGAAUGGAUAGUUCAGCUUCACUAUGCUUUCCAAGAUGCCAAGUAUCUCUAUAUGGUCAUGGAUUUCAUGCCAGGCGGUGAUCUGGUAAACUUGAUGAGUAAUUAUGAGAUCCCAGAGAAAUGGGCCAUGUUCUACACAGCGGAAGUCGUACUUGCGUUGGAUGCUAUCCACUCCAUGGGAUUCAUUCACAGAGAUGUCAAACCUGACAACAUGUUAUUGGAUGCAAGUGGACAUCUGAAGCUGGCAGACUUUGGUACUUGCAUGAAGAUGGACCAGGAUGGCAUGGUGAGGUCUGAUACAGCGGUUGGGACACCAGACUACAUAUCUCCUGAGGUUCUCAAGUCACAGGCAGGAGAUGGUUACUAUGGCCGAGAGUGUGACUGGUGGUCCGUUGGCGUCUUUUUAUAUGAAAUGCUUGUAGGUGACACGCCUUUUUAUGCUGAUUCCCUCGUUGGUACAUACGGCAAAAUCAUGGAUCACAAGAACUCUCUAAUUUUCCCUGAUGAUGUCUCCUCAAGUGCCAAAGACCUUAUUUCAGGUUUCCUAACUGACAGAGAGAACCGACUGGGAAGAAAUGGAAUUGCAGAGAUUAAGAAACAUCGUUUCUUUAUCAGCAACAACGAGAUGUGGACAUUUGAUAAUAUCAGGCAGACGGUACCUCCCGUAGUCCCAGAGUUGGCAAGUGAUGUUGACACCAGUAACUUUGACGACAUUGAGCCUGAAGAACCUAAACCUGAGGAGGAUUUCACGGCUCCGAAGGCCUUCGCUGGCAACAACCUGCCAUUCAUUGGUUUCACCUACAACAGAACUCACAAGCUCUUUAGUAUUCCAAAAGGGAACGAGGAGCAUGAUGGUCCAAGACAUCAAUCUUCAAGGGACUCAGAUGAACUAAUUGCAAAAUUGAAGGACAUGGAUAAACGCUACGCCCACGAGAAACAGACACGAGAAAAUUUUGAGCACAAGUACAGACAAGCCAGUGCUAAACUACAUGCGGCGUAUCAAGACCUUCAGAGAGAGGAGGAUGAAAGGAGACACCAUGAAGGCAAACAAGAGAGGAUGAUCGCUGAACUGAAGCAUAACAACAAAGAGAUGAAGAGAAAGCUGGAUCAUGAGGCAGAUGUGCGACGCCAGGUGGAGUCCCAGGUCAAGGUUAUCCCUCAGCUGGAGGCGAAGAUCCGAGAGAUGAAAUCCUACCAAGACAAGGCAUCUAUGCAGGACAGGCACAUAGAUAACUUGAAAAAACAGCUGCAUGAUGAAAGUGAAGCCUCGUCAAAAUUCAAGAAAUCAUUGACAGAUCACCAAAAGAAUUACUCCUUACUGGAGCAGGAAGUUCGCGACACCAAAGACAAAUACAACCAGAUCCUUGAGACAAAGCAGACCUUGGACCAUGAGAUCAUCUCCUUACAGAACCAGCUAGAGGAGGAAAGAGAGAGGCGUGUCCAAAUGGAGGAAUUGAAGGCGGAUGUGGAAUGUCGCGUAACCAACCUAACGACUGACAAUUUCCGGUUGAAAGAAGAGGAGAGUAGGGCCAUUGCUGAGCAGCAGAGACAACAACAGCAGAUCAUCAUGCUGGAAAAGAUGAAAGCAAGCCUGGAGUUUGACCUUAAGUCAUUGAAGCGGAAAGAUGAGCAGCGUGAGCUGGAAUACAGGGCCCGAAAAAGUGUGAUUGAUGAGGUUAAUCGCACCUCCAAAACCCAAGAGGAGGCCAACAUGCAACUCAUUGAAGACCUCAAGAAGCAGAUGAAGGAGGAGAAGGAAGCGAGGCAUCAGUUGAAUGAAAGCUGGCAGGAUGCAAUGAAACAAAAGUCACUGGUGGAAUUUGACCUGAAGCAGGUCCAGCAACAGCUACAGCAGAUGGAGGAGCAGAGGAAGGCAGAUGUUGCCAAGAUGGAGCAGCUGAAUCUUCAGCAGGAGCAGGAGAUGCAGAAGAGAUCCUUCAUUUCCAAUGAUCUCAAGACAGCCAAUCAGCAAGUCAGCAGUCUGAGGGCUGAGGAGAAACGACUACGAGCUGAGAUCCAGGAGCAGAAGGAAACCAUCCAGAGCCUUCAGGAAGCUCUGCAGAAGGCCAGACAGAAUGCUGCACUUACAACUCUACAGAUCAGGGAACUCCAGGAAAAUCUGGAAUCGGAGCAAGAAUUCACCCAAUUGUACAAAAACAACAACGUAGUACUAAAUGAUCAAUUGGAAGAAAAAGAGCAUGAACUGGAACAGCGGAAGCAGACCAUCAUAUCACUGGAAUCGGAGAGGGAUUCCCUGUCCACACAUCUGGAGAUAGCUCUCACAAAAGCUGACUCCGAGCAACUCGCCAGGUCAAUUGCAGAAGGGCAUUGCUCAGAUCUGGAGAAGGAAAAGACAAUGAGGGAACUAGAAAUCAAAGAAAACCUUCAGAGAUACAAGAAAGAUAUCAAUGAAAAGAACAACCUCAUCUCACAGUUGGAGGAAAAACAAAAAGAAACGGAGGAAAGCAUCAACCAGAUCAACAACAGAAUGAAAGUUGCCUCGACAGAGAAGGAUGAGAUCUAUACCAAACUCCAGAAUGCCAUGCAAGAGCUUGAGCGUCUGCAGACAGAUAACGCCAACAUCAACGUCCUCAAGGAGUUACACAAAAAGCAGCUAGACAGCGAAAAACUCAAGACACAAGCUGCUGUGAACAAGUUGGCCGAGGUGAUGAAUCGAAAGCUGCCGAGUCAACGUGGCAACAAAGCCAGCUCCUCAGAUUUGAGGAAGAAAGAGAAGGAAUGUCGUAAGCUGGAGCAACAACUCAACCAGGAGAGAACUAAACACAACCAACUAGCUGCUAAGCAAAUAAGAGACUACUCAGACCUACAAGGGCUUUACAACGAGGAGUACCAGAAGCGAUGCCAACUUCAGAUGGAACUUGACAGCCGCGACUCUGAGCUGGAGCAACUGCAGCACCGUCUGCGGACUUUACAGCAGCAGCAGAAUGCCGAUAAUCUUAGCAUCAGCAGCGCCGGCGAUGCAGAGAGUGAGGACGGUAGGGGAGGUCGCCUGGAGGGUUGGUUGCAGAUUCCCAGCAAGAAUAUUAAACGUCAUGGCUGGAAGAAGAAAUAUGUGGAAGUUAGCUCCAAGAAGGUCUUAUUUUAUGAGACGGAGGAAGAAAAGAACAGCAAAAAGCCAUACCUGGUUCUUGAUAUCGAUAAACUCUACCAUGUCCGUGCCGUGACACAAGGUGACAUCAUCCGAGCUAAUGCUCAAGACAUUCCACGCAUAUUCCAAGUUCUUUACGCAGGGGAAGGGGAGAAUCGAAGAGAAGAGCAGCCCAUUGAAACCAACAUAGAGGAUAGCAGCGAUAUUAUCAAGUACAAGAACCACAACUUUGAUGUGGUUCACUUCCACAUGCCCACAGUGUGUGAAUUUUGUGGCAAAACAUUGAGUAGUGUGAUUAAGGCCCCUCCAGCCUUGGAAUGUAAAUUGUGUCACAUGAAAUUUCACAAGGAGCAUUUUGAUAAGAAUGAGGAGUUCUGUGCACCAUGCAAAGUGAAUAUUGACCUAGACGUUGCUAAGAACAUGCUGCUUAUGACAAACUCACCCGAGGAGCAGCAACGAUGGAUUACUCGCCUUUGUCGACAGAUCGCCAGCGCUCGCAGCUCAGCUACCAUCCCAAGAUCCUCAUCAACAAGCUCACCCAAUAGGUCUAACUACCAGCAAUCGAUUCGGCGAAGCAGUGGUCCUGUCCGUCAAUCCUCAACAGGAUCCAAUUCUAAGAGGUAGCUACAUAUUGGUCUCAAUCAGGCCAUUUGACUUCUGUUUAAUGGGCUCAGCUGGGCCAAAAAAGAGAUUAAUUACUCAGAUUGUUCUGUUGGAUUUCUUCUUGAGUCACUCAAGGGUUUUAGCUUGUUGGAUUGAAGUAGGAAUAUUUUCAGAAAGGAGAGGUUUUAACUUUAAAAACGUCUUUCGGUUGAAAAUGGAGAAGAAACCCAGCUAGACAGAACAAGGAAUAGAAUUUUGAAAGAUCGAUAUGGCACAAACAAGGUUCAUUUUUCAGCAGAGGUUGUUCUAUACUUAGUCAUAAUCUUUAUAAAAAUUAUCACAUUAUUAUUCAGUAUAUAUUUUGAUUUUUUUUGGUCAAAGUUUCUAUACUAGCUUUAGUUCAUUAUAUGUAUAUUGCAGUGGAUUUAAAGGUUGGACUUGAUAGGUUGGAUAUAGCUGAGCAGUUUUCUUUUAGUCAUUCAGUAUUUACUGUGAUGUUUUCAGACUGCAAAUAAAUACCAACAGUUUCAGUUUGUGUAGGAUUGUUUAUUAUUUAUAAUAAUGUUAUAGCGUGUAGUGUGGCAGUAAAUUCCAAACACGGACUGAAGUUGGAUUUCAUCUUCCGAGACAGUCAUACUAAAUCUUAAGUUUUAAUAUCUUUUGUUUGAUCGAAACCGUAAGCUUGUCAGCGUUCACAGUUAACAGUGAUUUGUCUUUGAUGAGAUAAUUCCACCUCAGCUCUCAGGUUUCAAGCAUACAAAAUUUAAUGAGUAACUGGAUUCAUUUUGUUCAUUGCAAAAUUAGUUCUGAAAAUGUAGUCUUUUGCUUCCUGCAGCAUAGUGAUUUCAAGAGUUACUCUUUCUGUCAUCAAAGCAUAUUAACCAAACUUCCUUCAUAACAAUUCAUUAAGAAGCGCACCUUGCCUGUUGAAGUGCAUCCAUUUUCAAACCUGGGUAUUUCUAGCGGCAGUUUCAUGUAUAUGCCAGAAUGUUGAGAUACUCUAAAGGUGCAUGCGUUUCUGCAUAAAUUGAACGCUGACCAUCAAAAAUCAUGUGACUGAAAAUCCUUUGUUGGCAAUGGUAUAGACUUUUUGGGGUGAACGUUUACAUUUUGUAUUGCAUUCACUAAUUCUUUUAUCAAAGUGAAGAUGGAAGUGGUAAAAGACAGAUCUACUCCAUUCUGGUAGACGAAAGGAAACGUCAAUAAACAUUUUUAUCGGUGAUAAUUGGGAGGUGAAUUUAUGAUCAACAGAAAUAAGUUUUUCACAGUGUUGUAAUGAGUCACCACAUUUUUCGAGUCAUUUUAACAUUGUGACUCAUGUUGAGUCAUUAGGUCUAGAAGUCGAGUUGAGUUGCGUCAAGUACCGAGCUCAAGUCAAUUUGAGUCACAAAUUUUUUGUUUAAUAACAAAAUACAAUAAAACACAACAAGAUGUAAGUCAUUUUUUGGAAUUUUUAUUUUCAUUUAAACGUGCUGAAAAAAAAUUAUGGUGACAGGUAUCUAGCAAACUAAAAAUUUGCUUUGUAUUUUUUUGAGACUGGAGUCUUAUAAACUUGUACUCGUCGAGUCUCCAUGAGAAAUUUGAGUCGAGUAAUUUGGUCACAGAGUCAAGUUGAUUCGCCAAAAAUUGUGACUCAAGUCAGACUCAAGUCAUUGACUCAAGUCCUUACAACUCUGGUUGUUCAUUGGCCAGUACACGGAGCGUGUACCUGUACAUACAUGUAUCAUAAUGUAUAACAGUACUGAUAUAAAAGAAAGUUUGUUUCUUACUUGGACAAUGUGAUUAUUAAUGAUGAGACAACACGUUUUGUACUCUGGCUAUUCUUUACUAAUAAUUUGUAUAAAAUCAUUGAUUUAUGACAGUAAUCAAUACAAACAACUUUCAAUAAAUACAUGUAUGGCAUCUUGAAAUUCAAGCGGAUCUUCAACUUGUAAGGUUUGAAUUCCUACUGGAGGAAUUUCUUCAUCCUUAAUAAAAUUAUUUUUAGAUAAAUAUCUGUGUAUUUGGCAAGCGUACAAGUGUGUUUGUAUUCAGACAGUGGUAUGGCUAAAUUCUACUUGACAAUGCAUGUAAUUUGAUUUUGAUUAAAAAUUCAUGUCUGUUGCCCAAAGGGGAGCUAGUGGGGUGAAAGGUAGCAAGGCAUGGUCACUUGUGAAAACGUGGCAUCAGCAUUGGCUCGUGUCUCUGUGUCAUUUAGCAGCUUUGUGAAAAUCUGACUUCAGCAUGGGUUUCCCCUCAAGCUGCUAAGCCAUCUUGCAGCUUUUUAAUUCUUGAACUAGUGGAAGAGAAAAUAAACACCUGAAGAUGUGCAGCGAAACAAAUCAAUGUUGUGGAAUUAAGGAGGUUAAAACAAACUAGCUUAUGACAAGUUCUGUAAUUCCCCUUGAAGAAGUAAGUGCCCAACAUGUUGUGGCAUCCGGUUGUCAGUUCUAAGAACCAAAACCCAGCUUGUUCCCCAAAUUUUGUUUGAUUUUGUUUGACAAACCUCAUUUCUGUACAAAGCUCUGUUCACUUCAGUCGCGCAGGCCAUUUUUACUGCACUGUUCAUUCAAACUGUAACAUUGUAUAUGUAAAUAAUACAUGUUUUUUCCCAACAAAGGUGUUCUUUCAGAUGUUUUCUUUUCAGUCCUUUUCUUUCAAUCAGGAAGACUCACCCUUUGCACUAAACUUGGUUUAUGUUUUACUCACGCAGUAACUGUAUGAUGUAGAAAUGAGAGUGAAAGUAUGUUUGUUUUAUACAAUGUAUUACAUUUACACAGGAAGGAAACAGCACCAAGAUGUGGCUCCAAAUAUUUACAUGUACAUAUUCAUAUUUGAUUUGUUUCUGCUACAUUUGAUGGUUUGCUCCUGGAGCAAAGUGGGCAGUGUAUCCCUUUAGCUUUUAUAUGGUAGUUUGCUGGUGCUAAUAAGCACUUUUGAAAACAAAAACAUUUACAUGCACUAAGUCUUUUGCAAUACACCCUCAUUUAAAUGUAGUGAAAUGACUGAGUUUUCUUCAGAGUUUUCUUAUGAAAUUAUUUGAAAAACAAGGGUUUGUUCCUCUUUAGCUGUCACGUUUAGGUUUUGUGACAUCAUUAAUGUUGACUCGGUACCCCAACAUGGAGCCCAAUGAAAACCGUCGCAGAAGUAACGAAAUGGUACCUAAUGCUUUUGCAUUUAGAGCUAUCUUAAGUGGCCUAAUUUGGUAUUGGCCAUCCAUGAGGUCUCACUCUAACAUACUUUUCUGUAAGUAUGAUGAAAAUAAGUCGCGUUUCUAACUAAGCCGUUAUUCACGAUUUUCUGCGCAAAAUCUUUAAGGAAGAAGAUACCCCUUCUGUUCACGUUGUGGUCAAGUCUAUCGGUUUAACCAGUCAUUGAUCGUCAUAGAAGGGUGUGCUAGUCACCUGAUGACGUCGGUAGGCCAAUCACGAAACAAGACAAGCUGUGUUGUUAGAAGCCAUGUUCUUACCUGAUAUUACUUCUAUGGUAUAUUCAUUGGAAAAAUAAGGAUUCUAAAUGUAUUGUUUACCCUUUUAACUACUAUAACACUGUAAAACGUAUAAUGCGAAACCAAAUCUUCUCAUGAGAGUAAGUGGUUGGCCAAAAAAAUUCACGAAUGAUGUUUAGUAAAUAAACAUUAAAAUGUUAA